CAGACCCGGGAACGUCCUGCAGGUCUGGGAAUUUCCCGGGCCAGGGGGCUGCGAGCUUUCCGCUUCGACCAUGGAUAAAAGGGGUUCGCUCGUGUCGGGGAGCCACAGAGCCCUCUCCGCCAGCUCUCCCGCCAGCUCUCGUGCUCCAGGCACCGCCGACCCGAACCUCCGAGCUGAGCGCCAUGGCCCGCACCGCUACCGCCGCCGCCCCCUGCGCCCCUCGGCUCCUCCGGGCCGCGCUGCUGCUCCUGCUCCUGGUCGCCGCCUGCCGGCGCGCAGAAGCGGCGCCCGUUGUCGGUGAGCUGCGCUGCCAGUGCUUGAAGACCUUGCAGGGGAUUCCCUUCAAGAACAUCCAGAGUGUGAAGGUGACACCCCCGGGACCCCACUGCGACCGAACCGAAGUCAUAGCCACGUUCAAGAAUGGCCUGGAAGCUUGUCUCAACCCCGCAGCCCCCAUGGUUAAGAUAAUCAUCAAUAAGAUGCUAAACAGGGGCAGCGCCAACCGACCAGAGGAAGCAGGAAGUGAUCGAUGACUGCACUUGAAGCAGGCCCUGCUCUUACAGAAAUCAAGAGGAAUCAUCAGCUCUCAAGGCCACCCGGACUGGGCUUCAUGUUUGAGCAUCCCUUCCAGGAGAGUUCUACUUAUGUAUUUAUUUAUUUAUUGGUUGAUUUUCUAAGAUUCUGUGUUAAUAUUUUACAUGUAGAAUUAUUAAGUAUGUGAUUAACUCUACUUGUGCACCAUAUUCUUAUUUUUAUCAUUUAUUUUAUGUCAAACCCAAGUUAGUUCAGUUUUGAUUCUUAUUUAAUUUGAAGGUAAAAUGUUUGCAAAUAUUCUCUAGUCAUUAAAUUAAUAUUUCCGAGGAGCCCACAGAAUGCCAGCCGCUAUGACAGAGACUGGGGGAUCCAAGCAAAUAGUGGGAUCAUUGUCAGGGUAGGAAAUGCACGUGUACAUUUAUUUUUGUAACUGUUUAAAAGAAUGUUAGUUGUUAUUUUUUGGAACAAUUUCACAGUAUGUGGUCAACAUUUCUCAUGUUGAAGCUUUAAGAACUACAAUGUUCUAACUAUCCUUUGGACAUUUUAUGUCUUUCUUGUAAGGCAUAAUGCCUUGUUUAGUGUUAAUUAUGCAAUGUUUGUAUCUUAGAGCAGAGAGAAUUAAAUAUUUAUUGAUGUUUUUGCAA